AUGGCAGAUUGCAAAGAUAUUUCCACUAGUCCACCAUUCGUUGAAUCUGGUGCUCUCACCACUGUCGAGCCUACAAAUACUAUCCAUAGUACUACUGCAUCGACUUCCUCCAACAUUGCUGCAGAAGUAGCAGACACUCUCAACCCAAGAAAAAGACCUUUAUCUCCUGCGCUAGAUUUAAUUUCUUCUGUUGAAAAUGUCAAUCCAUUAAUGACCACAACACCUAGCCAACCUCACGCACCUAAAGCUGCUCCAGAUGCUCGUCAUUCUGACUCGCCCCAACAGCAACAAAACGACGUAUCUCACAUUGCUUCUACAAAUAAGCCUUCUGUUUCACCAUCCGAUUCAAAUGCAGCUCACGAUGUUCCAGAUGCAAAACGACCACGAUUAAAUUACCAGCAAUCUGACACUCCUCAAAUUGGUGAAAACACUACAGGAGUUACACCACAGAUAUCAGCCACUAAUGCACAUACAGAUCCAAAAAUUACAGAGCAGAAAUCUUUAAAUGCUCCAUCCACAGCAGAUCAACCAGAAACCCCAAAUCAGCCAGACAAACCAGAUCACCCAGAGCAAUCGGACAAACCAACCAACACCACUUCAAUCAUAGACAACUCUAAGCUUUCUUCUGCAGAAAAUCAAUUGGUAGACUCUCAGACUGGUUCGGAAGAUGUAAAAAAGAAGCUAACUUAUGUGGAUGUCACUUUGGACAAGAUGCAAUUUCUCCAAGGUCAGCGCGCUGUUGUUAAUCAGCUGAUUGAGGAGGCCAAAAAGAAUAAAAUGCCUGGUGAGAUGAUUGUUGUGAAUGACUCUAGACUUACAACAGUUCCUAAAGGAUUCGAGUCUGUGUUUCUUGGUCACGUUGUUUAUACUGGAGCGCGAAGUCGCAACCCUCAUUCAAACAGGGCUGCAGAUUUGCAAUUAUUUUUACUUCCACAAUUUACUUACAAACACCACUAUGCUACGAUCCAGGUUCGCAUUCCGUCAGAGUUCUUGACAUAUCGUGGCAAUAUUGCUGUUCGCAAAUCAGCCUUGUGGGGAACUGACAUUUACACGGAUGAUUCAGACGUGGUUGCCAUGAUCAUUCACUCGGGUCAUUACUGUCCAGUAGAUGCUCCAGAUCCAAAACCCGAAACAGCAUUACAAACAGCCGCCUCUAAAGCCAGCCGUGUUGGUACUAAUGGCACUGCUGCAAAAACAUCGACUGUAUCUACUCUUAAACAAUCACAUGGAGUCAAUAGUCCUAUAUCGGUUCAUGUUGAUCCACUUAUUGCCACUCCUGACGUAACCCAGUCAUCUACCAAUGCCUUGUUUCCUGACCAUGACUUGCAUGUUACUCUACGUGUUUUGCCUAAACUGGUCAAGUAUUCUGGAUGUACGCGUUAUGACCUAGAUUCCCGUGGGUGGGGUGCAUCCCACGAUGGCGAGAGUGUAAUGGUGGAAAGGGUUGAGCGUGUAGAACGUGGAUCAGUUGGACGUAAAGGACGCAAAAUGUUUUCAAAGAAAUGGGGCGAGCUGGCAAAGGCCGUGACCAAGGAAGAGGAAGCUGUGUUUUUUGAUGGCGGGACGAUUGAGCGACAUAUGGACACAGAGUUUGACGAGGAUUUUGGAGAUUUGACUGUUGUGUUUUCUGAACACAAUGGCAAAGCAUGUAUCAAGUACACGCCAAAAAUGAUGAUGGAGUGGCCAUCCCACAUGCUGAAUAUGCUUUCGGAAAUUAAACCUCAACUCAGACGCAAAUCUAUUGCAACAACUGCUGUAUCUGCUGUCGGAUCUGGUCUUGCUACUGGGGUUUCUGGAAUUGUAAAGUUUAGUCGAAGUGAAUUGAAAGAUAUGGAAGCCUGGCCAUACUGGCGAGUCAAACUGUGCAAAUUCACGUGUGUGUUAGAAACAAUAGAUGGACUUAGACAUGAGUUGAAACAAGAGGGCUUGUCAAGCCAGACAUACCGAUUGGAGCAGCUGACCAAUGUAUAUGGUGCAUCAGCUUGUCGACGUGGUAGCUAUGAUUCUGAAAUAACCACUAAGCCAGAUCAAACCCAGCCCGUUCAUCUCCACUCCAAGUCAGCACCCAACAGUACUACUGUAUCUACACUUCCAUCUAUUUCAGCGUUGCCAGGUGGAGAAGAUGCUGUCAAAGGGAUUGUUGUCGCUGAGAAAAUUGCUCCAAAUGCACUGGCGUGGACAGAAGCGGGACUGUGUAUUCAUGCUCAAAAUACCAAACCAUUGAUGGUAUUCCCUGUUCAUAAAGUAUAUUGGCGUAAACCCGCAUAA